UCACAGCAACGGUCGCGGAAUGAUCGCUUCGAAAACCUUAUUUCUGCUGCUGAGCGCUACUGCGUGUGUCCUUUGUAAGCCAAACACUGCUGUAAAAGACUCAAGCCGUGUUGUUCUUGGACAGGACGCUGCCGUCGGUCAAUUCCCGUACUACGUAUUGGUGGUGAUCUAUCGUGCUAACUCUGACAACCAGGCGCUAUGUGGAGGAAAUCUUAUCUCGGACCGCUGGGUACUAACCGCAGGUCAUUGCGUUGAACAGGCUCAGCGUAUUCGGCUAGCCUUCGGAUUGGUUGAGCUCUUCGAUAGUCGAGUAGUGAUGUUUAGCACCGUCUUCAUCAGGCAUCCCAAGUACGCUGAUGGGACACUUUCGAACGAUAUCGCGGUAAUCAAAACUCCUCGAAAGGUUCCCUUCAACGAUCGGAUUAAACCGGUGAUAAUGGCUUCGGGACCAAUAUCGUAUGCGAAAGCGGACGCGUUUGUAGCCGGCUUCGGCGUGGAAUCCGACCACGGAGAUAUUCCGUUAGCGCUGAAGUACGCACCCAUGGUUAUAAUUCCCGUAUCGGAGUGCCUGCUUGAUCAUGGACCGUACGGGAUAAGACCGGAAAAUGUGUGUGCCCGAGGGCCCAACAAGGAAUCGGCUUGUUUCGGAGAUUCCGGUGGUCCUCUGGUGCUUGCUAGCAAUGCCACUCUUGUGGGGCUCACCAGCUAUGUCAGUUUCUAUGGAUGCGAACAGGGCGAAGCGGUGGGAUUUGUAAGGGUAUCAGAAUUCAGGGAUUGGAUCAAGAAAAAUACCGGAAUUUGAAGCAAAUAAAUCGGAAUUAUAAUGGUGUUAACUUAUAUUAACUUUCUUACUUUAUGACAACUUUUUAUAAUCAAAAUUUGGCAUAUCUGAAAAUUUUCCGCGUAAAAUACAAGACUCCGCCUUAGGCCUAUGACAUAGUGAGUGCGAUGCGAUGCGAAACGGCAAACGUGAUUCAAUGCGGCGAA